UUCGUUGGGCUUUUUUUGGGAGAUGAAGAGCUGUUUAACGUUUUUGACAUAACAUUUUUGUGUGACAAUCGUGUUGUGUGUUGUACAUGGGCAGGAAAUUUUAUUUGCAGCUACCACACCUAAAGGGCACAGAGCAUUUGUUCGAAUGAUUACGUGCUCGUAGCCUCUUCCGAGCAACGGCACCGUAAAAUCGAGUCCUGUUUGUGUUUGUUUGAUUUUUCACACGCACGUCUUUAUUUGUACGAAGACCCCCGUUUUGCUCGUGUGUUUGUGAAACAAUCCGGUUUAAUACUGCUGUCAAAGGCAAAGUGCAAUUGAGUGCAAGUCACGCGUCAUACCAACAUGUCGACAGAAGAACAGCAAGCGGAAGACAAGCGAAGCAGGCUGAGACCUCUUUCAUUCUCUGGAUUACCAACUAAAUGUCUAUCACCUAGUAGUGCAAUUGCCCCCAUUCAGUCUUUUCCUAUGGAAAAAUGGAAUAUCACUGAUGUCAACAAUUCCCCAGGAAAGCUGCAAAUAUCUCCUGAAUUGAUAUAUGAUUUCACAGCUGAGGACCUGGAAGACAUGGGUGAAAUCGGUAGAGGAAAUUUCGGAAGUGUCAAUAAAAUGCUCCAUAUCAAAACAAACACUGUCAUGGCUGUCAAGAGAAUCCGUUCCACUGUUGAUGAAAAAGAACAGAAGCAACUGCUGAUGGACUUGGAAGUCGUUAUGAGAAGCAAUAAUUGUCCAUUUAUUGUACUGUUUUAUGGAGCAUUGUUUACUGAGGGCGACUGCUGGAUUUGCAUGGAAUUAAUGGAUAUUUCUCUGGAUAAGUUUUAUCGUUUUACACACCAGCGGCUUAAGGAAAAGAUCCCUGAAUCCAUCCUUGGGAAAAUGGCUUUUGCGACUGUCCAAGCCUUGAACUAUUUGAAGGAGAACUUGGAAAUCAUUCAUCGUGAUGUCAAACCCUCCAACAUUUUAAUGGACAGGCGCGGGAAUAUCAAGCUGUGCGACUUUGGCAUUUCAGGCCAGCUGGUCGAUUCGAUCGCCAAAACCCGAGACGCUGGAUGCCGUCCUUACAUGGCUCCCGAACGGAUCGAUCCACAAUCUUCCGCUCGAGGGUACGACAUUCGUAGCGACGUGUGGUCGCUCGGUAUCACCUUGAUCGAAAUAGCCACCGGCAAGUUCCCCUAUCCCCAUUGGAACUCUGUUUUUGAUCAGCUGACACAGGUGGUGCAUGGAGAUCCGCCCAGACUCAUCUCUAGCUACAGUAAAAAUCCGACCAAUAAUUCAAGUUCCAAAAAUGGAAACUUGGUUCAAGAGUGUCCAUUUUCAGAUGAAUUUGUGAAUUUGGUAAAUACAUGCAUGCAGAAAGAGGCCCGACAGCGACCCAAGUACUCCAAGCUUCUACAACAUCCGUUCCUGCUGGCCAGCCAGGCCGAGCAAGUCGACGUGAGCGCUUACGUCGACAACAUCCUACAGCGCAUCAAGACGCUCGGUUUGACGGUCGCCGACUUGCAGAUGGAUUAGUACCCUUUCCUUUUUCUCUUUUUUUUCUUUCUUUUUUGGGUCCAUACUUUCGUCUUGUUCCAAGCAAAGUUGUCCGGCUUCCAUCCAAAGAUUCACCUAACCCCAUCCUUUUUUUUAAAGCUCAGAUGGAAAUGGGAAAUAUGAUGCAAAUGAAAACAAAAACAAACAAACAAACAAAAAAAAAAUUAAAAAAAAAGCUAAAAGAAAAAUCAAAUACCUCGUUAUGGAGUUUCUGUUGGCAAUCCUGUCUGAUAUCGACUAACACAAAUAUGCUUUGGACAAUAUUCGUGUCAGUCGACUCUGCGCUAGCAAAAUACGAGUGUAUUUGACAACUGUAAUGCAUACAUCGUAUAUCGUAUGUACAUAAUUACAUAGUGAUGUUGUCUAAAA